AUGGGCUGGCCGGGCAGCGGCCGGUGCCGGUGUCGGGGCCUCUCCGCCACCGUGCUGCUGCUUCUGCUUCUCCUCCUCAACUUCUCCGCUCUCGGGACGUGCACGUCGGCGAGGGGUCGGGUGGCGCCGGAGGAGGGGUACUCGUGGGACCCGGGGACGGCCGCGGCGCGGCGGGGGCUGGUGGGGCCCGGGUCGUCGCCGCCGACGUGCCGCAGCCGGUGCGGGGGCUGCCACCCGUGCCGGCCGGUGCACGUGGCCAUUCAGCCCGGCCGGAGCUUCCCGCUCGAGUACUACCCGGAGGCCUGGCGCUGCAAGUGCGGCAACAAGCUCUUCAUGCCCUGACCCACCGCCCCAAGCUCUUCCUACGCGCAUGCUGAACCCUAAUGCUUCGCUCGCUCACUGAAGCUAGCUAGCUAGCUCGCCAAGGCGGCUGCUGCGUCGCCAUGGCUGGUGGCUGCACCGCACGCAUGUGAGCUAGCUGUAGUACUACUACUGGAGGAGAGAGAGACAUGGAAGAGAUCACGGCAAGCAAGGAAGAAUGAAGCGACAUGGUUAGAAGGGGAGACGAGACGAGGAGAUUUGCCCGGGAAACAACUCGCGGAUGGAGGCUUCGAUUCUAUCAGCUAGUGAUUGAAAGAACAUCGCUGAGCUGAGUUCUUGGAUGCAUACGAGUGUAAUCCGUUGUAAGUAACCGGUUGUCUGUUGUGUGUACAAAGAGAGCGAUGCCGAUGUCGCCAUUUUUGUUCUUCCUUUUGCGCCUUUUGCUUCCUGCGGCUGUUUGUUCUUGACUUCCUUUCGGUUCUUGGGAUAUUAGCUAGUGAUUCCCCUGCGAUUAUCAGCUGUGCCGUGAACUCCUUGGUCCCCCGGACAUAACGUUGAUCAUCUUGUACUCAAAUUGUUCUGAAUUCUGUCAUCUCGUUGCU